AUGAAACUGAUCGAGUCCAACGAUACCGUCACAUUCCCCGACGGGGUUACGUUUACUGUCAAAAACCGAGUUGUGCAUGUUACGGGACCUCGAGGUACUCUGAAGCGUGACUUCCGUCAUCUUCAUAUGGAGAUGGAACGUGUUGGUAAGAACCAACUGCGUGUCCGCAAAUGGUUUGGAGUACGUAAAGAGAUUGCUGCGAUCAGAACUGUUUGCUCUCAUAUCCAGAACAUGAUCAAGGGCGUGACAAAAGGCUAUCGUUACAAGAUGAGAUCCGUGUAUGCUCACUUCCCGAUCAACGUUACUCUCCAAGACGCUGGCAGGACUGUUGAGAUCCGUAAUUUCCUUGGUGAGAAGAUAGUUCGUCGUGUGCCACUUCCUGAGGGAGUCACCGCUGCUCUCUCCACUGCACAAAAGGACGAGCUUAUUAUUGAAGGAAAUGACAUUCAGCUGGUGUCUCAAGCUGCUGCACGAAUCCAGCAGUCUACAACUGUCAAGGAGAAAGAUAUUCGAAAGUUCCUUGAUGGAAUCUACGUGUCUGAGAAGACUACUGUUGUUCAAGACUAA